AUGUCAACAUCGGCUGCAAAGCCUGAGACUGGCACAUCCCUCCCUGUUGAAGGCGGAUCCUUACUGUCGCAACCAAUCCUCAGCGGCCCCCAUGCAAUUGUUCCUGCUACACUUGAGGUAUCGCCUGGUCGAUUUGACAUAAAGAAGUCUCUUGAACAACCUUCAAUGCCUUCAAUAAAGAAGGCUUCGCUUGACACGUUACCGAACGAAGUCUUUCAUUUGAUCCUUGCUCGUUUUGAUGAGGAUAACUAUGAAGAUUGGAAAUGCAUCAGUCAUCUGCGAAAGACUAGCAAAGAAAUGGCAGAUCGCACAACAUAUCGCGUUUUCUACAGCAUUCCUCUUUGGAUCGGUCCCUUAAGUUUGUACCGUGUCAAGGAACUGUCAAAAAAUCACAACCUUGCGAAACAUGUUCGCAAGGUAAUGGUCGCACUGAUGUAUUAUAAUGAUAAAGGUCUCAAAUAUGAACAGCAUGAGUCAUGGUUGGAUGUCUCGAAGAUUGCACAAAGAUAUCCUGGCAUGGAUAUCCUGGCAUGA